GGGGGGGUGUUAUUAUGGGAUGUCUGCCCCCCCUGAUCUCUUUGUGUGUGAGGAUGUUAGCUUACUGGUCAGUGACGCUGGGGGAAAAGAGACGGGGGAAGGAGUAGGCGACGUGUUUGGCGGAUUGGAAUUUGAAAAAGCUUUUUGACCGCUGGAUUUUACAAACUACAUUUCACUGACAUAAUACUAACUUCCUAGAUAAUAAUCCUUACAUUAUACGACGACGAAGUGUGUUUUUCUUGGAAUUAAUUCACCUCCACCGCCCCCGACUCCUUGUCAACGACUCGCCAUUUGCCCCCCUCCCUAGCUGACAAGAUAACCCUAAAGAGGGGCUAGUAAGAAAUAAAUACUUUAUAGCAAUACAGUUAAUAAUAUAGUUUGGUGUGGUUAUAAACGUGUCAAACAUCAUGUCGGGCAGUGAAGACGACAGAGAUGACUUCGGACCAACGGAUGAAAGUGCACUUGUACACGAUGAGGAGGAGCCUGAAGAGCCCGCUGAGGUGGAGGCCCCAAAAUCCAAAAAGAAGAAGAAGGCCAAGAAGAGCCGCGAGAGCAGGAGCAGUAAGAGGCAGAAACCCCCCAGAGAGCAGGAAGUGCCAGUGAGUUCUCCUGAACCUCUGGAGGCUGUGGGUCUGGCAGAGCCUGAGGAGGAGAGGGAGAGGGAGGGGGCCAGGUCGGAGAGUGAGGGGAGUGACUACGCCCCCAGCAAGAAGAAGAAGAAGAAGUCCAGCUCGUCCAAAGACAGAAAGAAACCAUCUGCUGCAGAAAAGAGCAGUGGUGGCAAGAACAAAAGGAAAGAUCCGGAGCCCGAGGAUGAGGAAGAUGACGACGAUGAUGGUCAGGAACCUAAGACAUCAGCCCAGCUGUUGGAGAACUGGGGCAUGAAGGAUAUCGAUUACAGCUUCACCCAGCAGGAUUACAGUUCCUUAACUAACUACAAAGCCUUCAGCCAGUUUGUCAGGCCGCUCAUAGCAGCAAAGAACCCCAAGAUCGCUGUGUCUAAGAUGAUGAUGGUCCUGGGGGCCAAGUGGCGAGAGUUCAGCACCAACAAUCCCCUCCGUGGGUCUGCCAGCGCCAGCGCAGCCCUGGCCGCAGCCAACGUGGCCGUCGCCGUGGAGAGCAUGGUGUCCGGGGGCAACGGGACAGAGGGAGCGGGCACGACUGGGACCACCACACCUGCUAAUGCCCCCUCAGAGCCACCUCCGCCCCCUCCCCCUACCCCACCUGUGCCUCAACAGCCAGCUGCACCGCCGCCACCACCUGCUCCGCCAUUGCGCAAGGCCAAGACCAAAGAGGGCAAAGGCCCCAAUGCUCGCAAGAAGAGCAAGCCAACCCCAAAGCCGGCAGACAAGAAGUCCAAAGCCAAGAAGGUGGCGCCCCUCAAAAUCAAACUGGGCAGCUUCAAGAGGAAGCGUUCCUCGAGCGGAGAGGACGAGGAGGGCGACAGUGACGUUGACCACUUCUCCGUGUCCGACGGCUCCAGCCGAAGCAGCCGCUCCAAGAAGAAGCCCAAGAGCUCCAAAAAAAAGAAGAAAGUGGAUGAGGAUGCUGAUGGCUAUGAGACUGACCAUCAGGACUACUGUGAGGUGUGUCAGCAGGGCGGCGAGAUCAUCCUGUGUGACACGUGCCCCAGAGCCUACCACAUGGUGUGCCUGGACCCCGACAUGGAGAAGGCCCCCGAGGGCACCUGGAGCUGCCCGCACUGCGAAAAGGAGGGCAUCCAGUGGGAGGCGCGUGAGGAGAGCUCGGACGGGGAAGAGGAGGCGGAGGAGGCGCGGGCUGUUGAGGGGGAGGUGGAGGAGGACGACCACCACAUGGAGUUCUGCCGCGUGUGCAAAGAUGGCGGCGAGCUGCUGUGCUGCGACACGUGCCCCUCCUCCUACCACCUGCACUGCCUCAACCCACCCCUGCCCGACAUCCCCAACGGCGAGUGGAUCUGCCCACGCUGCCUGUGUCCAGGAAUGAAGGGGAAGGUCCAGAAGGUUCUGAUUUGGCGCUGGGGUAAAGCCCCACCCCCUAUCGAGGUGCCUCGCCCGCCAGACCUCCCGACCGACGCCCCCGACCCCAAGCCAAUGAUGGGGCGCCCCGAGAGGGAGUUCUUCGUCAAGUGGUGCAACAUGUCCUACUGGCACUGCUCCUGGGUGCUGGAGCUACAGCUGGAGCUGAACUGCCAGGUGAUGUUCCGUAACUACCAGCGUAAGACGGACAUGGACGAGCCCCCGAGUGUGGACCUGGGCGCCGAGGGAGACGAGGACAAGAGCACCAAGAGGAAGAGCAAAGACCCGAUGUACGCUCGCAUGGACGACGAGUUUGGACGCUACGGGGUCAAGAUGGAGUGGCUCCUCAUUCACCGAAUCCUUAACCACAGCGCGGAUAAGAAGGGCAAUGCGCACUACCUGAUCAAGUGGAGGGACCUGCCCUACGACCAGUCCACAUGGGAGAGCGAGGAGAUGGACGUCCCCGACUUUGACUCCUUCAAACAACACUACUGGAACCACAGAGAUCUGAUGAUUGGAGAGGAGCCCAGGCCAGGGAAGAAGCUGAAGAAGGUGAAAGUGAAGAAGAUGGAGAAGCCUCCAGCUAACCCAGUGGUUGAUCCCACCAUCAAGUUUGACCGCCAGCCGGACUACCUGGACUCCACGGGGGGCACGCUGCACCCGUACCAGCUGGAGGGCCUGAACUGGCUGCGCUUCUCCUGGGCGCAGGGCACCGACACCAUCCUGGCCGACGAGAUGGGCCUGGGCAAGACUGUCCAGACCGCAGUGUUCCUCUACUCCCUCUACAAGGAGGGUCACUCUAAGGGUCCAUUCCUGGUGAGCGCCCCUCUGUCCACCAUCAUAAACUGGGAGCGUGAGUUUGAGAUGUGGGCCCCCGACAUGUACGUGGUCACCUACGUGGGGGACAAGGACAGCAGGGCCGUCAUCCGCGAGAACGAGUUCAGCUUUGAGGACAACGCCAUCCGCGGAGGGAAGAAGGCCUCCAAGAUGAAGAAAGAGGCAGGGGUGAAGUUUCACGUGCUGCUGACCUCGUAUGAGCUGAUCACCAUUGACCAGGCCAUCCUGGGCUCCAUCGACUGGGCCUGUCUGGUGGUGGACGAGGCGCACCGGCUCAAGAACAACCAAUCAAAGUUCUUCCGGGUGUUGAAUAACUACCCCCUCCAGCACAAGCUGCUGCUGACAGGCACUCCUCUGCAGAAUAACCUGGAGGAGCUGUUCCAUCUGCUUAACUUCCUCACUCCAGAGAGGUUCAAUAAGCUUGAGAUUUUUCUGGAGGAGUUUGCCGACAUCGCUAAGGAAGACCAGAUCAAGAAGCUACAUGACAUGCUGGGCCCGCACAUGCUCAGAAGGCUCAAAGCGGACGUGUUCAAACACAUGCCCUCCAAAACAGAGCUCAUCGUCCGAGUGGAGCUCAGCCCCAUGCAGAAGAAGUACUACAAGUUUGUGCUGACGCGCAACUUUGAGGCAUUGAACACACGUGGUGGUGGCAACCAGACGUCUCUGCUCAACGUGGUGAUGGACUUGAAGAAGUGCUGCAAUCACCCCUACCUCUUCCCCAAUGCUGCCCAAGAAGCCCCCAAGAUGCCCAAUGGGAUGUAUGAGGGGAUUGCCCUGACAAAGGCUGCUGGGAAACUCAUGCUGCUGUACAAGAUGCUCAAAAAACUCAAGGAAGGGGGCCACAGGGUCCUCAUAUUCUCCCAGAUGACUAAGAUGUUAGACCUGCUGGAGGACUUCCUGGAGAAUGAAGGCUACAAAUACGAGCGCAUUGAUGGAGGUGUAACUGGGUCCAUGAGACAGGAGGCCAUUGAUAGGUUCAACGCUCCUGGUGCUCCUCAGUUUGUGUUCCUCCUGUCGACUCGAGCGGGGGGCCUGGGCAUCAACCUGGCAACCGCUGACACCGUCAUCAUCUACGACUCCGACUGGAACCCCCACAAUGACAUCCAGGCUUUCAGCAGAGCUCACCGGAUUGGUCAGAAUAAGAAGGUGAUGAUCUAUCGCUUUGUCACCAAGGCCUCUGUGGAAGAACGGAUCACUCAGGUUGCCAAGAAGAAGAUGAUGUUGACCCAUCUGGUGGUUAGGCCCGGUCUGGGUUCUAAGGCGGGCUCCAUGUCCAAACAAGAGCUGGACGACAUCCUUAAGUUUGGGACGGAGGAGCUCUUCAAGGACGAGCUCAGGGGGGACGCUGAGGGAGACAACAAGGAGGAGGACAGCAGUGUGAUUCACUACGACGACAAGGCCAUCGACGGCCUGCUGGACCGUAACCGGGACGCCACAGAGGACAACGAGAUGCAGAGCAUGAACGAGUACCUCAGCUCCUUCAAGGUGGCCCAGUACGUGGUUAAGGACGAGGAAGAGGAGGAGGAGGAGGAGGAGCGUGAGAUUAUUAAGCAGGAGGAGAGCGUGGACCCAGACUACUGGGAGAAGCUGCUGCGCCACCACUACGAGCAGCACCAGGAGUACCUGGGCCGUGACCUGGGCAAGGGCAAGCGCCCGCGCAAGCCCGUCAACUACAACGACUGCUCGCAGGAGGACCGAGGUAGUAGACGGGAUUGGCAGGAUGACCAGUCUGACAACCAAUCAGAUUACUCUGUGGCUUCAGAGGAGGGUGAUGAAGACUUUGACGAGCGGGCUGAAGCUAACUCUCGCCGGCCGAACCGAAAGGGACUGAGGAACGACAGAGACAAGCCACUGCCCCCCCUACUGGCCAGAGUUGGCGGCAACAUCGAGGUGUUGGGCUUUAAUGCUCGUCAGAGGAAGGCCUUCCUGAAUGCAGUGAUGCGUUAUGGGAUGCCUCCACAGGACGCCUUCACCACCCAGUGGCUGGUCAGGGACCUGCGGGGGAAAUCAGAGAAGGAGUUCAAAGCGUACGUGUCUCUCUUCAUGCGGCACCUGUGUGAACCGGGAGCCGACGGGGCGGAGACGUUUGCAGACGGGGUCCCACGGGAGGGGUUGUCACGGCAACACGUCCUAACACGCAUCGGUGUGAUGUCACUGAUUCGCAAGAAGGUUCAGGAGUUUGAGCAUGUGAAUGGCCAGUGGUCAAUGCCCUGGAUGAAGGAGCUGGAGGAGAGCAAGAAAGCCGCUGCAGUUGCCACGGGCGACGACCCGAAGACGCCCUCCACGGGGACACCAGCAGAUACCCAACCUAACACACCAGCCCCAGAGGAGGCCUCUAAGACUGAGGAUCCCAAGGAUGCGGAUGAGAAGAUGGAGGGAGAGGGAGAGACGGACGUGAAGAGGGUGAAGGCUGAUGAACCUGAGAUCAUUGAGAUCCCUGAUGAGAGUGACAAGCCGCCCAGCCCAGAGACCGAAGAGAAGAAAGCGGCCGACGGCGACCCUAAACCCACCCCGUCAGAGGAUGGCGCGAGCGCAGAGACGGAGAAAGAGAAACCGAAGGACGGCGGAGAGAAGGAGGAAAAAACGAAAGAGUCGUCGGAGGAGGAGAGCAGCUCGUCCUCAGAACUGAAGGCCGAGGGGGCGGAGGAAACAAAGGCCAAAGAGGAAUGUAAGGAGGAAAAAAUGGACACGAGCUCUGCAGCGGAGGAGAAAAAAGAACCAAAGGAGGAGAAAGAUGGCGUGAAGACGGAGGAGAGUGGGAAGCUGCAGAAUGGAGAGAGCGUGAAGGAGGGCAGUGCAGGAGUGGAUGGAGUGACUGAGGAGAAGAAGAAAGCAGCAGCCAAACAGCGCUUCAUGUUCAACAUCGCAGACGGAGGCUUUACCGAACUGCACUCCCUGUGGCAGAAUGAGGAGAGGGCUGCCACUGUCACCAAGAAGACCUACGAGAUCUGGCACCGUCGCCAUGACUACUGGCUCCUGGCUGGUAUCAUACAACACGGGUACGCUCGCUGGCAGGACGUGCAGAACGACGUGCGCUUCGCCAUCCUCAACGAGCCCUUCAAGGGAGAGAUGAGCCGAGGGAACUUCCUGGAGAUCAAGAACAAGUUCCUCGCACGCCGCUUCAAGCUGUUGGAGCAGGCCCUGGUGAUCGAGGAGCAGCUGCGCAGGGCUGCGUACCUGAACAUGUCUGAGGACCCGUCCCACCCCAGCAUGGCCCUCAACACGCGCUUCAGCGAGGUCGAGUGUCUGGCCGAGUCCCACCAGCACCUCAGCAAGGAGUCCAUGUCAGGAAACAAGCCCGCUAAUGCAGUGCUUCAUAAAGUUCUCAAACAAUUGGAGGAGCUGCUCAGCGACAUGAAGGCUGAUGUCACCCGUCUCCCAGCAACCAUCGCCCGGAUACCACCGGUUGCUGUGCGGCUGCAGAUGUCAGAGCGGAACAUUCUGAGUCGGCUGGCGAGUCGCGGGCCAGAGGUCACGCAGACGCAGACGCCCCGCUGACCUCUCCGUGACCCCUCAGGGAAGGAGGAUGGAGUCCCGCACUCGUUUUAGUCUCACUCCUCGUCUCCUCCUCUCCCCUCCUCCUCCUCCUCUUCUGGAGGAUUCUACUGUAUAUAAUCACCCGCCCUCCCCCAGAAGCACAGGAGGGCACCAUGGUAACUGUUGCCACGGUAGUUGUCUCCAUGGAGAAAAGCAGGGAUGAUAUUCAGGCACCUCAACGCGCACUUCCCCCCCCCCCCCCCCCUUUUUUGCCUCAGAAUCUCUCCAUCGUUCUAUUUUUCCUCUCUCUUUUCUGUGCACCUGCUCUGCAUUCAGCGCGGGGUGAAAUGUAGAGAAACUUUUGGCCUGAUGCUUCUGACACACACACACACACACACACACAGACAAACACGCAGAGAGGGCGAGCGAGAGAGAGAGAGAAAGAGAGACAGAUGUACACUCACAUAGAUGGAAUGACACGUCACAUGCUAGCACUGAUGUGUUGCCAGGGUCUCACUCACCAAAGCCAUCUCCCCAAUCUUAGAAACAUACUCUUUGUUUUCUAAAAGCAAUAAAACACAAAUGCUUUUGUGAGCAAUUGAAAUAACACGGAAGGGAAGUUCAUGUUAUUUGUAAUGUUUUUUUUUAUGAGUUCAAUCAGGUUCCAGGUUCCUCUAAGAGACAGACCCUGCUGGAGUGUUGACUCUUCACAUUAACUUACAUGAUGACAGGGGCCUACUUCACUUCCUGGAGUGAGUGAGUGUGUGUGUGUGUGUGUGUGUGUGUGUGUGUGUGUGUGUGUGUGUGUGUGUGUG